AUGCAUUCUUCAUUCAGGGUGUGCAUGAAAAGCGCUUUCGGUGCGAAGAAGACGAACGAACGAACGCCUCUCCAGAGGAAUCCGAACGCCUUGCUGGAAGAUUUUUCUUUGGCAACAGAGAAAAAUGGCGUGCUGAAUACUCGCAAGAAUUCAGAGAGUACAGUCAACGAGGGAAAUGAUUCGCAAACUUCUCUCAUAUUCCUAUCUUUCGUCUUUCUUUUAUAUUUCUUUGUCCUUUUCAUUAUCACAGAUUUCAUUUUGCUCGCUGUCAUUUUUAAUUUUGUCCAUUGUUUCACUUCUCGACCCAGCCGACUAGCGAAUUUUGUAAUUCAAAAAAGUUACUUGUAUUUCUUUUUUAUUGCCUUUCAUUGCCUCAAUCUUUCUUUUCAUCUUUCUUUCUUUGGUCUUUUCAUUCUUUCGUUUUCUAUCGUCUUUAAUUUUUCACUGUCUUUAAGAUACGGUCGUUUCGUUUUCCGUCUCUUCUUCUGGCAUUUUCUCUAUUUCAAUGACUUGGGAGGCAUUUUCUCUAUUUUCUUCUUUCAUUUUUUCUUCUUCCCACAUUUUCGCUUUUUUAUAUCUUCCCUUUCGUUCCGUUCUUAUUUAACUUACCAGACGAUAUUUGCCGCGCCCGUAAACAAGAAAAUGACCUGGUUUUUUUUUCAAUUUCUUUUUUUACUUUUCUUUUCCCUUCUUUUCUUUCUUGGCAUUUCUGAAUUAUCUUUUCCUCUUUAUUCUUUUUGGCUUGUUUCUUUCUCUUCUGGUCGCGAAACUGGCAGUUUCUAUCACCCUUUAUUCAAUAUCUAUCUAUCUAUCUAUCUAUCUAUCUUCGUCCUGGCAAACCAUCUAUCUAUCUAUCUAUCUAUCUAUCUAUCUAUCUGUGAGGAGCUGUGCUUAUAUUUAUCUGGAUAUCUAUCUAUCUAUCUAUCUAUCUAUCUAUCUAUCUAUCUAUCUAUCUAUCUAUAUAUAUAUAGAGAGAGAGAGAGAGAGAGAGAGAGAGAGAGAGAGAGAGAUAAGCACAGAACCACAUACUUAUCUAUCUAUCUAUCUAUCUAUCUAUCUAUCUAUCUCCUUGAUUCCAUAAAUGUUGCUUUAAAUAUUUAUUUUCAUUUCUUUCAUUCGUCCUUCUUUACUUUCUUCAUCAUUUUACCUUUUUUUUUUUUUCAUUUUAUUUCAAGUAGCUUCCUGAAGAGGUCCACUCACCAUGGGCAUUUGCCAGAUGGCUCAGACUUUCCAAUCCCAACCGUUUCUCCAAACCCCCAUCGUUCGAUAGACUUCAUGUUUUCUUAUGUCUUUGAUGCGUUUGAUUCUUCUAUCUCCUUGUCCAGUGGGCAGCCCGGCCAUAUCUGCUCUCACCUCAGUCUGGACUUAAGCUUUACUGUGAGUGACAGCUACUUUCUGAUCGUAUGA